CGGAUGUUAUGAAAACGUAGCAACGGUUUGAUUACAUCGGUUAAAUCUUAGACAAUCCGAGUGCAGUCACUUAUUUUUCUGUUUUCGCAACACACAACCGUCAAAAUGUCUGAUGUUGGUUCUGAAGAAUUUGAAGAGGAACAAGGGCCAUACUUAGGGGAAUAUGAAGGUAGUAGAAAUGACAAAGAUGAGAGACAUGGUCAAGGAAAAGCUACACUGCCAAAUGGUGAUACAUAUGAAGGAUUGUAUGAAAAUGGAAAAAGACAUGGUCAUGGUGUUUACAGAUUUAAGAAUGGUUCCAGAUACACAGGCGAAUAUAUCAAAAACAAGAAACAUGGCAAUGGUACUUUUAUAUAUCCAGAUGGUUCAAGAUACGAAGGUAGCUGGGUAGAUGACCAGAGGUGCGGUUUUGGUAAAUAUUUUUAUGUAAAUGGUGAUACAUAUGAGGGUGAAUGGUUGAAUCAUGUAAGACAUGGACAAGGUUCAUACACAUAUGCUGCCACUGGUACAAAAUAUGUAGGAACUUGGAACCUUGGAAAGAGAGACGGACAUGGAGAACUUGUACAUGCUAAUCAUAAGUAUGUAGGAGUUUUCAAAGAGGACAGACCAAUGGGAAAGGGCAAAUAUGUUUUUGAUAUUGGCUGUGAACAGCAUGGUGAAUAUUUAGGCAUUGAGCAGGACAAAGAAGAAAAGGGUGACGAUGAUGAAGCCCAACCAAACAUAAUCUCCAAAUGGAAAGCUGGUAUUGUAACUGGUAUUCAUCUUGCAUCAGAAGAUGACGACCUUGAAGAUAUACAGCCAGAGGGAAGGACUUCGGCAACAGGGGAGGCAACUGGUGAACAAGAAGGAACAAAAACACCAGAACAAACAGAGACACAAGAACAACAAGAUAAACCACCAUCUCCUGUUCAAGCUGAGAAAACAGGGGAAAACCUGGAUGGUGCUGGGAACCAAGAAGAGGAAGCACCUGCUGAGCCAAAACAGGAACCAGCAGAAUCUGGGAAUCAGGAAGAGGCUCAGGAAGCUCAGGAGGCGGAGUCAUAAACAAUUUAACAUCUCAUAUCAACCAUGACUUUACUCUCUCAAUAUUUAUUUCUAUUUUAUGGACUCAAUGGUCAGGACACUGUGGAGAUGUAACAUAAAGGUAGCUGGUACCUGCAAAGGCAUUUCUUGUUAAUAUUUGUUGCGGGCCAGAAAAAAAAUCUAAGUAUGGCACUUAAGAGUUAUUUUUAAAGCCUCAUAACUUUAAAAGGAAGAUAAGGUUGGUCAAACUAAGAAAUCAUGAAACACAGUAAAGCUAAUUAAAGAUAAUUGUUAUAUUUGUGUCUCGGUCUGUGCUGUGUAUAUUGUUUAAGAUAUUUAAGAUAUUCAUAAUAUGCUCAUUAUUUUCAGAAUAUAAUUUUGAUGAAUUCUGUUUUGUAUGAUUCUUUUACAAGAAACAAUAAAAUGUUAGAAAGUAA